AUGGGUGUCGAAAUAACGUUGUCCGAUAAAGAACUUGAGCGAGCAAUCGUUGCCUUCAAGCAUCGGUGCGGUGUCAAGGAGCCAGCCCAGGUCAAGCUCGCGACGUGCCUCUUGAUCUGCACGGAGUGUUCCGCGACUCUCUUUCCCAUCAUCAACGACAAGCUGUGCGUGGCGAACUCCACGGGUCAGCUGGUCGACGAGGCCGGCCAAGCCGUCGACCUGGCGCUGUGGCAGAACCACUUCACGCACUGCCACGAACGGUGUCCCGGCACCAAGGGCCGUGAGUUCCUGGCGCGCAUCGACAUCAUCCUGAUGUUCAGCGAGCUCGACUAUGCGAAGAAGAAGAUCAAGGGAACUGCCCCUGCUACAGGUGCGCCAGCUCCACCGCCGUCUUCGGGCCGUCCUAGCAGCGUCGAAAGCCUUGCCGUCACCGUCGACCCUCGCCAAACGCACCCUGUCGCAAUAGGCGUGUGCAAACAGUGCCUAUUUGUCAAUUUUCCCGGCUGUGCCAGGCACAGGACGCUGCUCACCAAGCCUUACGAAGUCAUCGACCGCCAGGGCAAGACCACUUAUGCUGGGAAAGAUUUCUCCUGGUACCACAUUGUGAUGACGGACAAGGAAGGCGACUUCCUCCUCAAGGCUUGGCAAGGCCGUGGUCUCGGCUUCUCCGCCAACUCGAAGUUGGCGCACAGCAUCACCAUAUGCAAUCUGUGCCUGUGCGCGGGCUUCCCGGGAGCGGCAUCCAAGCUCUGCGAGAGCAAGCAGGGCAAACUCAUAAGCCCCGUCACCGGAGCGCCCAUGGACGUUGCCCGAUGGAAGGACAGCCACGCCCACCUCAACGGGUGCCCUGGCGUGGGUCGCGUGGACGUGCUCAUGCGCGUCGACAUGGUUUUGCACGGACCCGAAGUGCAGUACUUGGCGCAGAACAUCCACGCCUCGGCCCGAGGCCACUGGAACGCUCUGUUCGUGCAGGCUGGUCAUUACUUUGACCCGAAUAGCGCGGCGCCCCCACCGGCCGGCGCCUACCCGCCUCCGCACUCUCCCUAUCCUCCUCCGCCCACCACCGCCACCUCGCCCGCGGGCUACCCGCCCCAGCCCUACCCGUUCGGCGCCGCCGGACCGGGCGGAUCGGGCGCCUAUCCGCCGCACCCCACCAUGCCCUAUCCCGGCUAUGAUCCUAUGAUGGCGCCUCCGCAGACUGCGCCGUACGGCCCGCCGGGCUCCAUGCCCUACCCCGCCUCGCCCUAUCCGCCGCCCUACCAGCAGGGUGGUGCGAUCGGCGGCUCGGGCGUCUAUCCCACGACCACCGGCUACCCGCCCGCGCCCACCAGCGGCGCGCUCCCGCCACCGGACGCCUCGGCCUAUCCUUACGCUGCGUACGCGGCCACGACGACCCCCGCCGGCGGCGCUCCGACGAGCUCGCACUUCACGGCGCCGCCUCCGCAGCCGCACUCGGCAUCAACGUCCGUCGCCGGAUAUCCAUUCCCCUACGGGCCGCUCUCCGGCUCGGCGACGAUGAUGCACACCGCGGCCGCGCCUCCGCCCCAGGCAAGCGCGCCCUCCGCGCCGCCCGACGACCUCUCCUCCAACAUGGCGCAGCUGUCGCUCGAGAAGGAGCAGAAAGAAGAUGAGUCGCUGUGCGUGAUCUGCCUGUGCGAGAAGAGGGACGUCAUCUUCUACAAGUGCGGCCACCUGGCGGCUUGUCACGACUGCGCGCAGCAGCUGAAGAAGCACCAGAAGGGCUGUCCCAUCUGCCGCCAGCCCAUCCUCGACAUAGUCAAGGUCUACAACGCCUGA